AUGGGUGGAAAUCCCCCAAUAACCAUUAUGAUAGACCAAGCUCCAUCAAUUGCUGCCGGGAUAAGGAAUGUUUUUCCAGAUGCUAGACAUAGAUUAUGUACGUGGCAUAUUGGGGAGAAUUCAAAGAAGCAUAUUGGGCAGUAUAGAGCUUUAGAUGAUUUUUGUGACAUAUUCAAUUAUCUUCUGAAGUAUUGUGAAACUGCUGCUGAAUUUGAAUAUCAUUGGCCAAGAAUGUUGACUCACUAUAAAUGCGUUGGAAAUCCAUGGUUGAAGAAUUUAUAUACAAUCAGAGAGAUGUGGUGUCCUGCUUAUUCUAAGAACUAUUGGUCUGGUGGUGUGUUAUCAUCACAGCGUUGUGAAACUACCAACAAGUCAGUUUCCCAUCGACUUGAUAAGACACAAGGGUUAUGUGAUUUUUAUCAUGUUUUUUUGGAUGUUAUUUCUAAGUGGAGGAGCAAAGAGAAUGGUCAUGACUACAGAAAUUGGAAAGUGAAUAAGGAAGUAAGUCUUUUUGUUGAAGGGUCAGAAUCUAUGUUAAUGAUGAAGGAAGCUAAAAAUGAAGAUGAAGCUUAUGAUUUGUAUAAUGAAUAUGCUUUUAGUAAAGGUUUUGGUAUUAGGGUUGGGAAAGGUCGGAAGCGUCAAAACAGUGAACUUUAUACUAUGAAACGGUUCUUGUGUACCUGCGAAGGGGUUAAAGAUGAAAAAAGGAAGAGAACAAGGUCUUAUGCUAGAUUGGAUACGCGUACUGGGUGUACUGCUUUUGUUCAGUUUUCUAUUGGUAAAGAUGGUGUAUGGACGGUUGUGAAUCAUAAUAUGAUUCAUAACCAUGCUAUGGUUCCUCUAAAUAAGAGGCAUUUGAUAAGAUCACAAAGGAAGGUUAGUAAGGAGGCUCUUUACUUUAUGUCUACUUUAAAAGCUAGUGGUGUUAAAGUGUCUGAUACCUUGAGGGUUUUGAGGAAAGAAGUAGGCGGAUCACCUAUGGUCGGUUUUACAGCUAGUGAUGCUUAUAAUGCUUUAUCACGUGCAAAAGCUAAUAAACUUGAAGGUCAUGACUGUCCUCAGUUAAUCAAGUAUUUUGCUCAGAAAAAUUCCAGUGAAGAAGGUUUUUAUUAUGACUUUGAGCUUAGUGAAGAAGAGGGACUUUUAAGUUUCUUUUGGCGUGAUGGUAGGAUGAAGAGAGAUUAUGAUUAUUUUGGGGAUUUAUUGGUUUUUGAUACUACUUAUAGGACCAAUAAAUAUGAUAUGAUUUGUGCUCCUUUUGUUGGUAUGAAUCAUCAUUCUAAUAAUGUUAUGUUUGGAAUGAGUUUUGUUAUCAAUGAAAAAACAAAAUCUUUUAAUUGGCUUUUUCAAACUUUCCUUACAUCAAUGGGUGGAAAUCCCCCAAUAACCAUUAUGACAGACCAAGCUCCAUCCAUUGCUGCCGGGAUAAGGAAUGUUUUUCCAGAUGCUAGACAUAGAUUAUGUACGUGGCAUAUUGGGGAGAAUUCAAAGAAGCAUAUUGGGCAGUAUAGAGCUUUAGAUGGUUUUUGUGACAUAUUCAAUUAUCUUCUGAAGUAUUGUGAAACUGCUGUUGAAUUUGAAUAUCAUUGGCCAAGAAUGUUGACUCACUAUAAAUGCGUUGAAAAUCCAUGGUUGAAGAAUUUAUAUACAAUCAGAGAGAUGUGGUGUCCUGCUUAUUCUAAGAACUAUUGGUUUGGUGGUGUGUUAUCAUCACAGCGUUGUGAAACUACCAACAAGUUAGUUUCCCAUCGACUUGAUAAGACACAAGGGUUAUGUGAUUUUUAUCAUGUUUUUUUGGAUGUUAUUUCUGAGUGGAGGAGCAAAGAGAAUGGUCAUGACUACAGAAAUUGGAAAGGUAGACUAGAAGUUGCAGCUGCAAAUUGCGGAAUUCUUCUUCAUGCGAGAAAGAUUUACACUAUAGAAGCAUAUGUUUUGUUUGAAGAACAAUUUCUUAAAGGGAUGGCAUGUUCUCAAGAAGAAAAACGUGGAAACACAGCUACAGAGAAAAGUUAUUAUGUGUAG